AGGUGUAGGGUUGCUACUCGGAGCAUCUCGUGCGUCUUACUCACCCCUCCCUUACUUGAGUAGACGCAAUCGCAUUGAGCUUUUCUCUUUCAAACCACUUUCAUUUUUGCGACUACAAACGGUCACUCUUCCUCAAAUUUUUAUCAACUAACACCUUCAUUCCAUCGAACCACUUUCUACAUCUUGUUUCCAAGAACUACAUUAAUUUCCGCAAUUCCUUUUUGUGGAUACUAGAUAGAAGUUCCCUCUUCUGUCAACAUUCGCGAAGGAGUAAAAGUUUUGAACCAAGGCGCAUAACCUGCGCGCGUCAUUCAGCGAACCGUCCCAGACGACACGACGGACAAAACUUAAACUUCCGCUAUCCUGGGUAAAAACGUUCCUCCCACCUGCUCCUGAUGAAGACGUCAAGAUUGGAAUUAUUUUCGUGCAUGCCAAGAAGAGUGGCUUUUGGCAUGCAGUGUAUUCGUGUAGUCUAGCUAGUCCAGAUGCUGCAUCACAACCACAAGCCCUGGUAUGAUCUUGAUUUUGAUUCAAAACUACGUCUUCCAUGCGAAGCCAGCACGUGAUGUUGAGAGCCACUGACUAUGCGUGAUGUAAAUUCUGAUGUUUUAGUGGGGAAGUUUCUACUCAGGAUAACCUCAACACAACAACGAACUCGGGAAGCCGAGACACAACAACACGUUUCAUUUCACAUGAACAACGACCUCGGGUGGAGCAAUAUGCUUGGAAAGUCUGACUAUCUGGGUCUGGAAAAGUUGAGCUUCCGUUGCUCGUCUUGCAUACAAGUUCCUUUAUAGAAUCUAUCUGUGUAGUUGCACGAGAUGAAGCAGAACAAAAACAACACACGAAAACGUAAACGGCCUGCUGGCCUCGUUUGUGGUGAUGCCAAAACACAGUCUGUAAAAACAAAAAGAAUGGUGCGGCGCUACCCAACGUGUGAGACGAAUAAAAGGUAGAAAACAUCAAAACUUGUCAUGCUUCGUGAAGCGCAGUUCUUUGCGAGGUGUCCCAUGACCACGCGUUUUCAGUGACGACUCAGCGUCAGAAUCGCAAAUUUCCAGACCUGGACGUUUUUUCAGGGAACAAUACGGAAGUAGAGAACUCGACUUGACGCAACCGUUGCUCAUCCCCAUGAGUGGUUUUUUAUCUUCGACAGAAAAGGCUAUCUCAGUCUCAGCUUCUUGUAAUGCGGAAGCUUGUUCGUGAUGCAGCGGCUUUGUUUUUUUUUUUUAUUUCUCAUGCUUUUUGUCAUUUUUCUCAAUCUCAUUGAUUCUCGACAGGCAGGAAGGGCACGGCGCCCUUUACACUCCUUUACACCGCCCUCAGCAAAACCCCAGAAACUGUGCAAAUAUUCAUAUUCUGGUCCGCGAAUCAUUUGCGACGCUGUGUCUGCAAAUAAAAGAUUUAAAAAAAUAGAGUUUGAGGCUGAGACAGUUUUUUUCUUGGAUAUUUCUGAAGAGUCGGCUCUCUCUUGUUCCCCUAGCGAGUUACCUUUUUACACUUCGUUUACGGUUUCUUUCUCAAGUCAGGACGGAGUAUCCCUCUUAUGCAACAAAGCAAAAGUAGUAUUGUACUAGUAGGAAUUGCAUAUUAGACACGACGCAUUGGCAUUGAAUUUGGGCCCGGGUCAUUUUGUCAUGCUGCAUAAAAAUCAAGUUAAAUUAUAUUAACAAUGAUCAUCAUUUGCGACGUCGUCGUGAGAUUACAAUUCAAAGUAAAUACGAUGCUUUGACUUUUGCAGUGCAUACCUUUUCUCUUAGGCUUGUGAACGAUUAAGCUUUGAACGGAGGCGCAUAACCUGCGCACGUCAAACUCAAAAAUCUGGAACUGGAGCGUACGAAGGGAGGACUCGCGCUUUCACGUCAGUGAUUUCGCAAGUUUUCUCUUGGGUAAAUAUGAAAGCCUCAGAAUGGAAAUCCUCAAAGUGGAAAUAAUUUGUGAUGCAUGAAAUGCAAGGCAAAAGCGACUAUAUUGCGGAGGACACAAUGGAGAUCGACUAUUGUCCUGCUAGGGGUGAAGAAUUGGAGUGCUGCUUAGCACGAGAGAAGGGCACCCCUUUUCCUUAACCUGCAUGACAGACAUGCUUUAAGGGCCCAGGAAAUUUGUGAUGCGCCGACUACAAAUGGCGCUUCAGCUGGAGUCGUUUUUUUGCGUCACAAAUUAUUUCCACUUUGAGGAUUUCCAACCUGAGGCUGUCAUAGUAAAUCGCUUGCACAUACACUCUUGAUUGGCUGACAAAAGUACUACGCACAACGAGAACGGAGCCAAUUCGAUCUGAGCAUUUGAAUUUACUUUACAAUUACAACUGCAUUUUUAUAAAUUUACAAUUACGAAAACAAAAGGCGACAGAUUUUUUUUGAUUUAAGCGGCACUACGGUAGCGGUACACGUAUAUUAUAUAACUUCGCUUUUCAACAAAAAAUAAAUUGCACUUCCACCGAAAAAAAAGAAAAAAACAAAAAAAGACACUCAACCGGAAGAAAAAGAAAAAACCAAAAAAAAAAUAAUCUACAUCAUACUGCACUUCCACCGAAAAAAAGAAAAAACCAAAAAAAAGCACUCAACCGAAAAAAAAAGAAAAAACCAAAAAAAAAUAUAUCUACAUUGCUCGACAACGACAACUGGUUCGGAGCCUAGCACUCGAACUGAAGAACAGUGGCACGGUUCGCGAGCAGACGCAUCUUCAGUGCAUACGGACAGUUCGCGCAGAAUCCACCCGCGGCCGGCUGCAGAAUUAACUACAACGAGCAGGCGCGCCAGUGGCUGUGUAGGGAGCAUCAAAGUUACGGGAGCUGGGGGUGCGCGUGUUGUAGGUGCUGCUAGUUGUACUGGCGCGAAGAUGUUGCUGCUCAACGUCAACACGAAGAUGCCCCCACGGCCCUGUGGUCGUAACGUGGUUGAUGGGCGCAGAAGCACCAGGCCGAGCAGGCAUCUGCUGCUGCUUCUGUCGUCUUCCUCGACGAUCGGCUGGCAUUCACUCUCUACUUCAUCAACUUCUUCCUGGCUCCCUAGUAUCGUGGGCGUUGCCGGCGCCAAGAAAAAGAAGAAGCAGAACAUGGCAACGGCGUCGGCCACCUCCUCGACGAGGACUGGCACCACGCCUCCGCGCAUCGAGGUGCCCGGCGCCGCCCUGUAUCAAAUGUGAAAAUGUCUGGGUCUGGAAGAUUUCUAGAUUUGUCAUGCAUAUUUUCCAUGACCCACGAUGUCUGUCAUGCAUGCCUUAGCAUCACAGAUUUUUAGAGCGCUUUGUGAUGCCUCUACAGCAUGAGAAAUGACCUCUCGUCCGCGUCGCACAAACUGGAGUCCUCUUGCUGGUCAUGCAAUACAAAUCUGGUUAGAGCUUGACCCAAUCCCCCCGAGGUCCUGCCCAAAGGCAGUGGUCGUCAAGGGGGUGACUGUGGUUGAGGGGUAUGUAAGGUCAUGCAAUACAAAUUUUUUCAGUAUCCAGAGACAGCAUCACAAGUUUAGACCCAGACAUUUUUACAUUUGAUACCCUGCAGCAGUCUCUGAUCGAGCUGGACCACUACAUUUUCAACAGCACUGUGAGCCUGCUGCAGACGGUGUAUCGCUCGGCCAAGAGCCUUGUGGUCGGCGGCACGACCACGACGACCACGAGGACGGCGUCCGCGGAUCAGGGUGCUGCAGUUCCGACAAUCAUGCUGGAGCAGCAAGCGUACGAACGCGACCCUUCGUCCCGGGGCGGGGGACACGGAGGACGGGAAGCAAUUCCUUCAGACAAUUCGGAACGAACCGCCGAAAGCGCGUCGUCGACCACGGCCGUCCUCGAGAGCAGCGACAACAACGGAAGGGGCGCGGAGGAGGAGACUACUGGUGACGGCAGAGCCAUUUCCUCAGCGGUAGAACAAGUCGCAGAAAAUCAUGACGCGGAGCCCUCGACGCUUCUACAGCAGGAACAAGAGCAACAUCAGAAGCGGACGAAAGUAGACGAGGCGCAGGCGGCAGGCACAACACAGGGUGGAGGAGCUUGCGGCGGCGCGUGCGAGGAGAGUACUAGAGCACCCCAAGUACAUCAAGAUUUGCAAGAAUCACUGCAGCCUGCUACAGGACCUGGACCUCCCCAAUCUCUCGUCGCUUUCCACCCAGUUGGCGCUUCUACUCCUUAUCAGCAACUUGGGCCGAAUCAUAGUACUUCGUCAUUGCGACUAGGCUCGGCCUCGGAUGCUGGUGCUGGUGGAGGGGAAGGCGCAGGCCCGCUGUCCCGUUGCAGUGCGUUGGUGUCGACGUGGAUUAAGACCAGCAGUGUUGAGGUACUUCCAAACGUAUCGGUAUUCCUUCGAGUGCAGGGCAUCCUGCAGGAGAUGGAGCAGAAAUUUCCAAAAUCCGCGCAAACCUUUGCCGAAACAUACUGUCCAGCAGCUCCAUCAGGAUCAGCUACUAUCCAAUGCAAAUACCCGCCCUGGAUGUUGUCCGGAGAACAAUUUGCCAUGCACGUUGGUCUUGCAUGACCCAUGACGUCUCCGAUGUACUAUGCCGCAGGCCCAGCAUCACAGAUUUUCUAUAGCGUUUAUUCUUGUUGAUACCUGUCCCGCACGCGGAAAAUCCCUUUCCGCGUAUCAAAAAUGAGUCUGCAGCUUCUGCUGGUGCUCAGGCAAUACAGAUUUAGAUAAAAACAAAAAUGAAAAGCAAAAACAAAUAGAGAUGAACACUUCCCGACCCAGACGUAUUUGCGAGGCAUAUCAACAUCAGCAGAGAGUACUGCAUUUUCGUGGGAGGACGCACCAGACAGCAAUCUCGGCAAAUUUUCCGUUCUCGUGGCAAAGUUCUGGUGCGAGCGUAAUGGCGAAGAAGAAACGAACGCUGCAAGUUGCCGGACGACAAAUCCCUUUUCUAAAACUGCAGCUGGGUGUAUCAUUUGGAAAAACUACCUCUCCACCGUUCACCCGCAGUCAAGGUGCGUCCUAAAAAGAUAAUGCAAAUGCAGAGUUUUUGCUUUUGUUUUGCGAAUCCGAUUCCGAUUGCGAACCCCGCAUGACACGAGCAUACUACAGCAAUGUAUGGAAUAGAAGUCGCGAAGAUUACAGCUAUUGCGUCCGCGUCGCAAAAUCCACUUUAUUGCAGCCCCCCGAGUAUACUAAAGUAGAGAUGCUCGUCGUGAUUAUCAUGUUUUUCGCACUUCAGACCCUGUGCCGUUCCAGUGCCCACGGAGGCUUCGGCUGGCUUCAGCAGAAGUAAUGCACAAAGGUGGAGCUACAGUGUUACUGUUAGGGGCUGCGGAAGGGGAAGUACUUGUCGAUGUUUUGCCAUCACAAAUUAGCUCUCUUAUCCUGCUGAUUGCAUUUCGACAUGACAAUAAAAAUAAAUGUCCUUCAACACGAGACUAAAAAUAAAAUGGCUUCUAUGUGGAGCUGCCGUGGAGUGAGGCAUUUCCCUUGGUUCUGCUGGACCUGGGGACUAUGCCCCUACAAAGACUGGGUGGCCGUGGUGGGGUACGCUUUUACUCAUGAUAAAAUUGGAUGGCUCCUCUUUUUUGUCUGACUUGUCCGCAUGGCUUAUGGAGCUGGCGUUUGGGAAAUGGACAAAAGAGACAUAAUUCCUCAUGGCAUGCUUCAGAGAUAUGAUGUCGUACUCAUGGAAGAUUCACAGUUUCAUCUAAGUCGGCGUCUGCUGUGUGUGGAACAAGACUCUGCGAGCCUUGAGAUUGAUUUUGUCAUGCUCGUCUUCAGUCAGAGCUGAGCAUUUUAUGCUCCUCAGCUACUUCUUCCACAAGGAGCUCUGACCAGGCUCAGUUGCCGCGGCCUCCGACGCAAAAUCAAGACUUUGCGCAUAGCACUAGCAUUAUAGCGCCAUGCAAUACAUAUUAGCAUGUGGCGUAAGGCAUUUAUUCUAGGUUGUCGAUUUCCCCCCCUGACGAAACUAUAUGCUUCCACAAAAACUCUCUCGCUAAUGUAGACGCGAAUGCGGCAUUGCGCCAGAAAAACUAUCAAGUCGCGCAAAUAACUUCGGGUCUGGAUGGAUGCAGAAGUUUGUCAUGUAGGUUUUGGUGGUCGAGGACCUGGCUCCAUGACGUCUGGGGUAAUGCGCGACGCAGCAAUGCCUCUCCUGGCUUCAUGAGCAACGUGGUCUUGGCUUGGCUGAGACGCGUGGUCUGGCUCUUGGCUUUGCCAAAGAGAAGGAGGCAGCUCUAGGUAGUCGCACAGAAUCCAUGACAAGUCUGUCUCCUUUCAGACCUGGAUGACAUUUUUGCAAUGCAUAACAGCCUCCUGGAGCUGAUUUUGCGGGAUCCUAAUAUUACGCUACAAAGUAUCAACCAGAAAAGUGUUGGUGUUAGCGGUUUUCACAGAUUGAGGUCAUGCACGACGAACCGAGACCGUACCGAGGCCUAGCACGUAUGUUUAUGCAAGUAAGAUGGCAAAUGAUUUCAGUCAGUUUUUUCUUGCAUGCAACAUUACUGCAAGCCAAAAUGAAAGUCCGCUAACGUUAAUUCUUUUUCUUGUGAUACAAACAAGCAGGCACACCCAUACUGAAGAUACCACCGCUAUAUCUUUUUUGUGCUGCGCAGCAGGAAAAAAAACAAAGCUCAUGAAACAACAUACCACGGCGUGAGGUGGUAGUAUGCUUCUCCUUUAUCGAUGAUUGAAGUUAUUCGUUCUUUGCUUAAUAAAUAGUUCGUCUUUAUUGAUGAAGCUCUGCUGUGCUUGGGUCAGGUCCUGGUGCCUCACGAGAGGCAAUGUAACUAGCAGGUGCUAUGACUUCUAUUCCUUCCUGCAACACGGGGGCCAUGAGAAGAUGUUUAAGAUUAUCAGUGAUACCAGCACUGGUGUAGUGCAACCAUCCUACUUAGCUGCCGGCUGCCUGCUGCUUAUCGCUUUUGCCGCAAGCGCAGCGGCGCAGCAUAGUCUAGGCAACCCGCGGGCAGAAGUCUCAGGCCCUCACUUUUCUUGUUGCGCGCUUGCGUCGUCCUCCGCCACCGGUGCUAGAGAAGCAUACAUGGUCGGUAGGAAGUAGUUGGGACCACGCUGCUUCGACUUCACCUGAAGCUUCUGCAUAGAGAAGUUCUCGCGCCAGCAAUUCCAAGGGUUUCUCAUACUCUUAAUCUUCUUGUAUCAGUGGCAAUGCUGGAGAACAAGAACAAUAUUAUAGAUAUACAGCCAGCAGAAGCAUUCAAUCUGUACGUGGUACUUGUCUUGCAUUUCUUGCUGCUAGCAUCGGACUGCAACGUAGCACAUCUCGGCGCUGCCCUCUUCUUGAUCCUGACGCGUAACUAGAAUUAUUUGAUGCGGCACAAAAACAGUGUGGGUGCGCUGCAUGUUACACCAAGAAAUUUUUCGGCUACACAUAAUUGCCCACCUCGGAAAACUCCUGUUUUUGUCUACUGAAUACCAGUUGUAGAAGGAGUUGUGAGAACAGAAAACUAGUUGGGCGACUGCAUGGUUCCUUUUGCUCCUAGCUCAGUGGAUUGAGUUGUUUUCGUCUGGUACUACGGUACGAGUGUGCUUGUUUUCCACUCGAUAGACAAUAUCGGCCUGCACAGUGUCCGCGUCGACCAGCAAGAGCAGCAAGCUGCCACACGAUCACGAAUCCAUCAUCCGGCUCAGCGAGAGGCUGCUAUGCAUCGGAAAUAUCGAUCUCGGUCUGCAAGAGUGUACUAAUUUGUGGUGUUGCAGCUUUUCUUGCAUUCGAAAAAAUUCUGUAUUCCUUGAGCGGCCAGAGAAGUCCAGUUUUUGUUGGGCGGAGACGGCAUUUGUCAUGCGUGGUAGGCAUCGAGGAUAUCGAGACGAGACACUAGGAAAAUCUAUGGUGCCUGGGCAGACAAAAACAUAUCACAAGCAUCACGCUCGUCAUGUGAAAUAUGCAUGACAAAAAACAAAAACUGUUUCACUUUUCCAGACAUCGAGGUACAAUCGUCAAUGUAUAGUGCGAGUUCAUCGUCCGGUCACCGUCAGUCCGUCUGGCGUCCAAGAUUGUCGAAACUUGGUAGAUAUCCUGUGCAAAAGCAUCGUAGUCGUACUAAUCGACGCAGUCCCGGAAGAAAGGUGUCUUUUUCAAUUUCAAGGACGCUAAAUCAACAUACUAAAUGCCAUUUGUUUAUUAUCGAAGGAAAAAACUGUUUCACUGUGGUCAUCUCGAAAAAUCACUGAUUUUUUUUUGGGUUAAAGUUGAAUAUUUUUCGACUUGCCCGGAGCCGCUGCAUCUGGUGGACCUUUUUAUUUGCAUUGCAAAUUGUUAGAUAUGAAACUAGCUAUCGGUUGCUUCAGUUACAUUAACUAGUUAGGAAGGCAGAGCGUAAAGCUAAAGUGGCGGCAGCAGCGUUCCACGUGUUGCAUCUUCGCUUACCGCGCUUCUGGCCCCACCUGGGGCCAGAAUGCGGCCUAGCGCCCUUACCUCAGCCGACGCUCCGGAUAGCACUUAAUUAGCUUACGUUCUGCCUUCCUAACUAGAUUAACUAACCUAUAGCUGAAGCAGCCGAUAGCUAGAGUCGUCAUAUGUAGUUUCUACAUAGACACUUCACGAGCAACAUGCAAACUAACUUUAAAAAAAUUCUGCAAGUUCACACCAAAAAAAAAUCAGUGAUUUUUUAGUAUCGCCACAGUGAAACAGUUUUUUCCUUCGAUAUUUAUUUGCUGAUCUGAAGAUAGAUUUGGAUUUCAAUUUAGAAAUACAAGUUGUACUCGUAAUUAAUUGUAUUGUAAUGCUACGUGUGCGAAGAUACAGACGCUUUUGCAAUGCAUAGGGGAGGGGUGGAUUGCAAACAGCUGGAACAUGCCGCUGGACGAAAGCGAGCUUCGGAACAUGGUCGGAAUUAUGACGUAUGCAUUGCAAAUAUCAGGACGAGUCUGGACUAAAAAAACGUCAAAUUGUGUUCCUGCUGAGUCUGUGUCUGUGGUGGACGACGCAUGACACACUCUGUGCGACACGUGCGCACGCCCGUGCGGAUCAUGUGUGAAAAUUUCAAUAGAUGCGCUUUUUGGUUUUGCGUGUUAUUCUCGAAAUCCUCUUUAUUCGUGCUGCGCUUCAACAAUAAAGCUGCAUCCUGCUGCAGAUGACAACCGUCGAGGUGGUGCUUUUGUAGCUCAUGCAGGACUUCUGCCAGAUCAUUCAGAAACACACGAAAAUACAACAACGGCCACUGCUCAUCUGAUUAUUUCUCCAGGCCCAGACUUCUACAUGAUUGCAAUGCAUAUUUCGCGGAUCGACGCUCUCGGGGAGGCAAAACAAAAAGAAUUCGUGAAAGAGCUAGAAUGUCGCACGAACACUCCGCAAUCGCAAACUGCCGCUCCACCACGCUGGUCCAAGAAUACUCCUGACGAUAAUCUCUGGGAGUUUGCCGAGGGGGUUUUGCAAUUUUGGUGCUCUUCAACCUCUACGCGCGGACAGGCCGACCACGACCACAGCUGCGCAGCAAGUACGCCGUCUGGGAGAUUCGACAGCGUUUGGCUCAACAAGCACGGACUAGGGGACCUAGCGUUGGAUAUCCUGAGCAAAAACGUCCCCGCCCCAUAGUCGAGAUGGGAAAUCUGCUAGACAACUCGGCCGGCUUUGGUUGUUGCGCGUGACAGGUCUAGCCCCGUAGUGUACUUGUCCAGAAGCAUCGCAAAUCUAUCCUAUGACGGUCAUAAUUGGAGGAGCGUCGCAAAUAAUUCCAAAACGCCAGGACUGCAAAACGCUUGCCAUGGGCGGGCUCCGUAUGAGAAAGAUUUAUUUGAGCAUGCAGAAUUUGAAUUGCAUGACAGCCAUGGGGUGGUGACGUUUUCGCCUAGGAUAUUGGAGAGUCGCCUCCUCGAAAAGUUUCAGCAAAGGAAAGCAACGCAGGACUGGGGUUACGACAACCAGCUGAGCGCCAUAACUACAGAGCAGCCUCACAUUGCAUCCAGCUUCCCGAUAUCAAAUGCAACUAUGCCUGGGCGGUCUGGACGAAACCUGUCAUGUUGCUGGUUGGCGAAUCAUGACAUGAGGCCGCCGCAAUUAACAGUCCAGCAUUGCAACCUUCAAAGUUCUUUCUGAGUUGCUACCUAUAGCAAGAUUUUCGUUGUCCAUUCUGAACGACAAACUGCCGCGUUUCCGCAUGACAGAAACACUGGGUCUUUCUUGGAUGCCGUGCAUGCUAGCCGAGCAUGAGAAUAAUAUAUAGAGGUUUAUCUUUCCGUCUUCCAGACCGAGACAUAUUUGCAAUGCAUAUCCGAACUUGCUUGGCUUUUUCGGCGCGGGCGAUACGAAGUUGCUCUUCAAGUGUGCGGGCAUGUUGCAGGCUGACCCGAAUGAGGAUUGGUCGGAGUUUAUUCGAUAGAAUAGCAGCACACCCAUGUGAGAGAAGAGAAGAGCGAAUUUGUAAUGCUAAUGCUGUACUACCUAUGGUAUGCGUAUGGCUACGGUAAUGGUAUGAAAUCAAAAUGAAUUUAUAUUUAUGGAAUAUUACAAGUUCUAAUGUGGAGACCACAAGAGAGGCUUUCUUUUAUGCAAAAUUCAGCUUGUAGUGCUACUAGGGAUGGUGCACCAAAAAUAAAAUUUUAAUUUUCCACACCGAACAACCCAAAUGAAGAUCCAAAAGGUUUUUAUGCCAAGAACAUGAGUAAGUACCGUGACGCAAAUUCAUUUUUUGUCUAUGAAUGUGUGUGCUUUUCUGUACGAUAGAACUUUCCUUCGCUUCGACGUUCGUCGCUCAGCAAUUACGUGCGCAAAAAAAAGCGCUACUCGACAAAGUCGUGGGGCUUAUCGCUGAAGAAGUCAAUUCGAACCCCCCGGCUUCGAAAUCGAACCCCACCACUAUUGUCUUCAAACAUGCGCCUAGCGGACAAACAUUCCGUGGCAUCGUCGAGGAACUAGGCCAAACAGUAUGGAUUGCACAAAAUGAAAUAUGUCUGGGUUUGGAAACAAGAGUCGUGGCGGUAUCGGGUGCUGUCUUGCAUUUUUUCUCUUUCGCACAGAAUUUUUUAUGUUGCAUGUUCAUGUAAGUAGUUGAUGCAGGCCAACGGAUAACCAUAGGGUGGCACUUCGUUCAUAAUGCAGCAAGAAGAGCGCAGUUUUUCUUUUUGUAAUGCGCGCUACGCAUACGAAUUCAUGGGAAUGCCAAAGCUAUCAAAUUUAAGUAGAAGUCUUUAAGUUACUAGUCGUGCUUCAGGUGCUUAAAGCUUGCCACCCCCUUAAGACACUCGCCGUGUAAGUGCAAAAUAGCACGGGCGUGAGUACUAGCACGAACGUGGAAAAAAUUGACGGCGACACGCUCGGAGAAAAACGAGCGUCGCGCCGCGUGUUCUGCGGCAGCGUUUUCGGCUACGACUUCACUCGGAGUGCGAAUGCACGCAGCUGACAGGUGCGUGCAUUCGGGCAUGUCAUCGCAGUUUGUCCGCAACUCAGAAUGGCAAUGGCAAGUCACCAAACCCAGACAACAUUUGCAACCCAUAAACAGUGCCGGAGGCUAUCAAAAAGAACCCUGAGCAGGCUCAGCAAUGGAAGAUGGCGAUGGAGGAACGACAACGGCUGCGGCGCGGGCGCGGCUCUACGGGGUUGCAUGACGAAGCCCAGAAGGGUCGGGGCGAGACCUAUUCUCUGACUUCGCCGUAUCCGGAAGUCGCAGGACUGAUGACAUUGCUGAAAGCCGUAGCAAAGAAAGUGUUCGAUGACGAAAUCAAAAAUAAAGAAAGCCGAAAGAGCUACGAUGAACAUUCCGGCGAGGUACAUACUCCUGCGGGGGUUGUAGAUUUCGAGAAGGACUUGUGGAAGCCGCUGAUGAAAGGAGCGAUCCGAGAUUCCCACAAUCCGCGGGAAGCGCAGCAGGAGCAGUGGGAAAGAAUGAGGGAACUGAAGGCAGAAUGUGAAAGAGAGGUGGAGCAGUGGGUUCGCAGUACUGAAGCACCUCCAGGCGAUAUUCCAAGAAAAAAAUGUUAUACUUACACAUCAUUUGUUGGAAUUUCGGCAACACAAUGACGGAAAUAACUUGCAAAUGCAAUGCAGAGCUGUUCAGGUUAUUGAAUAGAAAACAUUGAUAGCAUGGAUUUGUAUGAACAUAGUACGCCCCUGAUGUGCACUUCCACUUCCGGAAUUACAGAGAAUCUCUGGCGUCUUGCUACUUUGUCUGCAGCACACUGAUGUGUAAUAGCUGCAGCACUUUUUUCUCCCCAUAGCCGAGCACUUGAAUGCGGCGUCGAACUUCCUAUUGACGCCGACGCCCGUAUGGCUGUUUCCGGUUUGAAGUCGACAAAGGUGAAAUAAUUUGGGUGGCAUGAAAUCGGUACCAGGUGCGUGCCCAUGGAAACAAAACGGCUGCUUUUGUUAUGCCCUAUCUCUGUCUAACCGUAAAAAGCAGUGCCAGCCUUACAAUCUGCCUACCUCACCUGGAAUCCAGGCAAGACAGGCAUUCUGUGCCUAGCAUUUCAUGUAACAUUGCAGACGAUUAUUUCAACUUCGUCAAUUUCGAGCAUGUUGACGCUUCUACAGCCCAACGAAUUGAAAGUGCUAGGGUCGACGGAUCCAUACGUAGCCCAUAUGCGUGCGGACGCCGGGAGGCUAAGAUGCCUGGCAAGCGAUUCGAUGGACAUUACUGCGAUGAAGAUCCAGCAACUGUACUUUACUAUCGUUUACCAAAGCGAAUGUGCAAACACGAGCCCGUAGCACUCCCCGAGCAAAGAUGAAACUCAAAUCCACACCCAGGCUGUGCGAACUCGCAUAAAAAUGGAUAUACUAGAUGGAGUUUCUAACCGUAAGCACAUUUUGUGUAGACGUGAGCCGCUACCUGCUUUGAUAAGUGUCCGGCAAUGAUGGGGGAGAAGGACCUCCACCAGACUGACGUAAUCGUAUAUGCAUAAGCACAUACGCGUGAUUUUUGAUUAGUUUUUUACUUUUUGCCGAUGUCCGCAUAGGCGUUGCGCUUGUACUUGUAAAAAGCGAGGGGAAGGAAACACAGGACUUGGCAAAGUCACUGUGGUGGUGCUCAUGUAGAUCCCUAGUUUUCAUUCUUGAAACAACUCUGGUAUUGCAGCGACUCGCAAAAAAAUUUGAAUUUGUAAAAAUGAAACAAGUUUCAUGUGCAUCUUCAAAGUGUUCGAAAGAAACCCUUCAUGUGCAUCUGCUUGUAGGAAACCCUUCGACCUUGCACAAUGCCAACUUUGCAACUUUCGGGGGCGGGGCUGCCUUUUUCACUGUGAUUGCGUUUGGGAGGGUUUUAGUGCAGAAGGCAACGAGGGAUUAUGGACUGACGGAAUGACGCACCCAGACGUUUUCAACUUCAUGGACUUUCGCAUGGAGUUUCCGCGGAUGCUUACAGUGUGCAUGGAAGUAGUGCAGAAGCGCCAGUGGUUUUCGCAAACCACAGAACCGCGGGCAUCGCAUGUUGCUCUCCAAAAAGACAUCGGAGUGGAGGCAGCAAAGAAGAGUUCCGUCGAGAGCCCAAAUCAAUUGUCCGCGAACUCCUUACUGGAGUCGAGGUCGACGUCGGCAGGGGGCACCACCGGAAAAAACGACAAUAACGAUGCAGAUGGCACACUGCUCGACCUCGGUAAGUUUAGGAGGCUCGCUGAUUGUCAUACGGUACAAAUGGAAUGGCAGAGGGUGAAGCUGUUUACCCACACGAAGCAACGAGACGACAGGCUGGCGAAUAAUGACGCGCAAAGAAUGGGAUACCUGAAGCAGGAACAGCAACGUCGGCAGGGGCCGGAGUCGCAGUCGACGGCGGCCGCGGCGACUCUUUCACUUUUGCAGAGCGGCGAGGAGGGGCGUCGCCCGACUGGUCGCACGGACGGAGAGGAGUCGUCCGCGGCUAUGAGCGACAGUGAGGACGAUGCGGCCGGCGACGAAGAUCGAGAAGCUUUAAUGAAAAGGAAGAGGACAGACGCGGAGCACCAUGAAGCGGCCAAGAUCCACCUGCGCGAGACUGAGGAACGGUCGAACAGACUUGGCUGUGCAGUUGUGGGUCACUGGUUUGGCGGCAGCUACCCGAACCUGUACGAUCCUCUCAUUUCUUUUUUUGAGAGGGUCGUCAGCCAAACCAUGCCGGCUGCAGAUAGCAGGUUUGCCGGGUUCCGCGAUUUGCUGUGGUUGCACUUGAAGCAGAUGAUCAUGCGCGAGCGUCUCCUUCGCGCGCCACACUAUGCGCAGGAAACAAUGCGUGUGGUAACCGAAAUGCCAGAGGUAUUCGCAGUCCAGCAGUAUCUGCUGUGGACUGCCGUCCAAAUAAAACGCGCAGAGUUUGACAAGGCUCGCGUCGCUGCGCAGCUUGCUUUUAAGGACACAGACGCGGACCUUACACGAGCAUUGAAAGCAAGCACAGAAGCGUACGGCUGCAGCGAGUUUCAGGUCGUCUCGCAGUGCUUCAAGGCCUGGUCACUUUUUCCAGACAUCGCUGUGACGCAUCAGGCCAAAUUCGCUCCAAAAGUCAUUGCUAUGUUUCGUCGCAAGGAGUCCGAGUACGCUAUCAUCCAGAGCAAGUUGCGUCUUCCUGAGAAGUUCGCGGAGUUGAAAAUUGCCCUUGCGCGGUUUAUAUGUAAAGCAGAUAUGUCCAGGUCUCGAAACUUGAUGUAUGCAUGAUAAUAAGCAGAAGCAGCUUCCCUCUUGAAGCCACGCAUGAUCAUAACAUAAAACCCUUAUUUUGAGCUGCUAUGUCUUUCCUAAAAACUUAAACUGCAUCUACGACAAAUUUCAUUUUUGCAUGACAAAAAAAGGAACUGUAUCGCCAUAGGCGUGAGAGGUCUUUCUUUCGUGUUGUCUUUGUCAUCCAGGAAGCAUGACAGACCCUGCACUCUUCCCGGCGGCGGCGACCCAGACAUAUUUGCGACGCAUACUUGAUGAGUUUCCAGAUUGUAGUUUAUUUCGACGCCCUGCGAGUACACCUCGACCUACCGAGCAAUGAGUUCCCGGACCUGCUUGAGCCCGUGCUGCCGGCUCCGGAGAUGCAGCUCCAAGGGGCCAGCACAGCAGGAGCUGCGAGCACCGGGCACGACGUUUCUGGGCGCUCCUCUGGCGCAAGCAGCAGCGUAGGUGGAGGGUUGCGAAUCAGGCAAGAGCCGCAACAAGUGCUGAAGUGGGCGUUGGGAAAUGCUCUUUCAACGGGGAAGCUUGAGGGAGACAGCACCGAGGAGUAUAAACUUUGGCAACGGGCCCCGCACACAGACGAGCACGUGUUGAAAUUCCACGGCCGCGAAUGCAGGAGUGACUGGUGCCUUGAGGUUGUGAGCGCACCGCAUCAAUACACAUCUACAGUAAGACUCCCCUAUCCACUGCAAAAGUGACGCACUCGUCGUAGAAGCAGUUGCACUUCGCUUCGUAGAUUUUGCGUGACAACUCUGAUUUCCUACGUAGAUCAGAAUUAGAGACCCCAUUUUUUAUACGCCGGUACGAAAGGUCCGACCCAAUUAUUUAUAUGAGGUGCGUUGCUUUUGCAAUUGCAGUGCAUAUACCUUACACAGGCACGGUGAUUUGGUCGGACGAUGGCCUCACUUUGGAGAGCAUGCAUUGGGUGCUUGGCAUCAAAGCAGCCGCGUGCCGUAUGCCCGGGUUAUCGAAGGACCGCCUUGUGCUCUCGGUCGAAGAUCAGAAGUUUCAUUCGGACAGCUCGUUGCCAAAGUUUGCUUCUAAAUUUGAUCUUCCAUUCAAAAAUGCUAAAUUCAUUGCGCCACGAACCAUGGGAGGCUUGGUCGAUGAAGGACUCAACGACUAUUUCGCAAAGGGGCUUUUGGCAAACGUAGUGCAGCACGCAGCAUUCCCAGGCCGCCUAGAGUCCGAUGAUGUGCCGGGCUGGAGGCAGUCACAGUCUGUCAAUGAGCAACUCUUCAUGUACGCCGACUCCUGGUGGCAAAAUUUCUUGGUGAAACACGAAUUCCAGCCAGGUGCGGCGCUGCACUGGAGCGCCUCCCAGGCGGUGCCUUUGCGGCCUGGCGACGAUGUGUUCAUCCGAAAUAACAAUCCGGCAACCACGCCUGUGACUGAAGACCCAAACGAGAUGUGCAAGGCGAGGGUUGUCAAGAUUAAAGAACCCGCUGCGGACGGCGCAACCGCGGUUGUAUUUGAGUUGUACGAAUCUUACCUCCGGACUGAUCUCGGCCGGGUGUACGAAAUGGUGAAAGAUCAGGAAAAGGGCCUGCGCGUCGGCUUUGGUGCCGCAAUCGAUCCAUCGCAGGCAUCCUACGUGCAAGUAGAAGCGAUACAGGAGGUUGAGAACAAAUCUGCGCACCCGAAUUACGACGCGGCAGAGGAGACUAUGUUUCAUCGUUUGGAAUUGCAAUUGCCAAAGUCAAAGAAGCCGUCGUCCACAAGUAAUCCAAGCGAAGGAGAAGAAACAAGAAGUCGCGUCGUGUUGACGCCUUGGCAAAGAGAGAAUGUGGAUCAGGAAACGCGCCUGCGCAGUCCCUCCUGCCUGGUCCUGGUUUUCGGACACCGUGAUGAGAUCGCGGUCGGUCGUUGUGUUGACAGCGAAACGCAGGCGGUGUUUUAUGAAAAACCUACCAAAAGCAGUGAGUUUUCAAAACUCACUGGUCGCUUUUGGUUUUGCGCGCGUCGGACGCGGACCUCCGAGGGCGGAUACUCUUUUCCAGAAGAGCGCUGCGUUUAUUUUCGGAAAGGCACAGACCCGCCGUGUGCGGAGCUAUUCCUGUCCUCGAAGACCACUGAGCAUGUGGACUGGCUGAAUAUUUAUGGCCAGAAGAGUUAUCCUACAUUCCAGGUGGAUCUCGAGAUUUUUCAAACAAACGACAGAACCGUUGGAGCCAGGUAUCCGUAUCACGGACGAGUGGGAAUGCAGGUGAACUGGCCCGAGAAGGAGAAGCCCAACGAGAUCGAGAAGGCGAAGGGCUUGCAAGACAUAAACAGAGCAGUCGAAGAAGCAAGCCAACAGUCGGGGCCGUUAAGCCUAGAGCUUCGCCGUGCACAGCUUCGCAUCGGUACCGGUGGCUCUCUGACAACAUCCUAUAAGAUGCAUCGAUGGCUCUGGGAGAAAUUUCUCAGUUGGGAAAAAUUUGGCGGCGGACGGCAUCAAAAAAAAGCGUGCCGAACCGGGCUAGAGGAAAAAGAUAAAAGAUAUGAUCCGAACGCAAAUGGUCCGGACCCCGAAGCGCAUGGGAGUCCUGCCUCCGACACCACGGUAAGCAAGAAAAAAACUGUGUUACAACUGUAGGGUCUUGGAGUGACAGCAUGACAAAUCACAGAGAAAGGGAAAGCCUGUCAUGCGCAGCUAGUACGACGUGACAACACGAAUGAGAUAGAACUUACUUCGUGGCUGGCUAACAUGACAAGUGGAUGCGUGUUGCGUGCUUUACAGUACAGACUUACAACUACGCAGUUUCUUUCUUGCAUACACGGUUAAGUGGAAACACUGGCGCAAGAUGCUAACCGUACUGCGGAAGGCGGACCAUGAGAUCAUAACAGAUUUCGCUCAAGGCGCGGCUGACUUUUCUCACGCAAUGGCCACUUACGAGCAGAUGUUUGGGCUGAGUGGCUCGGCGGCGGAGAGUUUUGGGUUUGGCUUGCAGCUGCGAGUAAUCUCCCACAAGAAGACUGAGGCGAUGCGCCGAAUCACCGAAGCGCUCGAGAAAGCCCGUAAAGAAAAGAGGCACCAUGCCGCAGGGAAAGAGGUGCUUUCUGGUGAAAGGGUGGCGCCAGUGUCGUCUCGUGUUGCAGAAGCGGAAGCGCGGGGAAAGGGCCUCGGGACGCAACUUGUGACGGGGGGUGUGAGAGGCACUGUGCUUCCAGAUGCUUGGGACGCGGAGGGCAUCGAGCGGUAUUUCAUGAUGCACGAAUAUUUCCAGAAGUCUGUCGACUUCAUCAUCAUGGGUCUUCAGCAUGAAGAGAUGUUCUUUGAUCUUGUUCACCACAAGGGCUUUCACUUUACGAAAGAGCAUGACAUGAGCGGACUUCUCGAAGAUCUCGGUGAAGGGCACGAACACUUGAGUCCUCAUGCGACACACCUGAAACACAUGUUGGCUCCAGAAAACGGCUGGCUGGAUCGGCUACCGGAUUUGCCGGUCGACAUCUUCGGGAUUUUCGCCGCGCACUACGUGUAACAAAGGAUCUUCACGUGGCCGGGGCGACCGCGUCCGCCCGGCCGAGCGAACGGACCGUAUAUAUGUGACGGCAAACGGAGGGGGCCGACCACGUUGUGCUGGGGCGCCCCGGGGGCAUCGUCUGGCCGGUCCCCUCAAGCAACUGGGCCCACGGGCGUACUUGGUUCUGGGCUCCCUGGUGUCGCUUUCUUAUCCUUUUGUGACCGAGGGAUCUGCGAUCUAGCAGCGGAGAAGCGACUGCGACUUAGGCUUUCGGUCCUCGGACAAGCUCGCCUGUUUCGGUCCUUUCUUCUGCCUGAUUUGCAUGCCCGACCCCGAGUAGUGCCUCGUCUCGCUGAUUUAUCUUCUCGCUUUUCUCGCUUUCUUGAUCCACAUCGGAUUGCAGGCUUCGAAUGAGAGAAGCUGUGGCGCAUACGUACCUACGCAGGUCUGUUGUACUACUUACAGGCUUAAAGCCAGCGCAGCUGAAGCCCUACUGUGUUGGACUUCCGGCUGGCCACUGUUAUCAAUGUCCUUCAUAGGCCGCCGAGAGAUUUCGUUCGCCUCGCUUGAUUUUUUUCUUCAUCCUCGUCUUUUUUUCCUUUCUUUCCCAAAAAACGUAUGCAUGUAGGGAUCACAAAAAACAAGAUGGGCGUCCGUCGCGGCCGGGUCUUUCAGGGUUUAUGGGUAAUUAUAGGACUGUUUGGGGUUCCUAUUCUGAUCUUAUUCUUUUUCAAGGCCCUGGCCCCGGGGUUCGCCGGCGAUAUUCGCUUCCGGGUUGGGCUGGUAAUAGCGCUAGCAGCUGCUCGCUUUCGGUACUGCCCAAAGUGAUAAAUAGAAGCCCUUCAUUGCAACGUCGUACCAUCAGGCUAAGUGCGCUCGUUUUCACAGAGUUCGUCCUGCAAGUAUUCAGGGGGCAAGCGACGCGGCAGCUGCGUCUCAUGGAAAGCGCCCGCCGUCAUGCCACGGGCGGCGAAGCGCAACGAGCGCGGCUUUUAAGCGCGCAGGCAUGGUUCUAAAUUUUACAAAUUUAUUUUGCACCCAUCAAAAAUCGUCCGCCUUUCAGGCCGCGAGUUAAGUUUCCGGCCAGCCGGCCCUAUGCGUAACUCGCGGGCGCGACUUAACGGGUCAUUUGUUACCCCGGUCUACAGGAAGUAGUACAUUUUAGAGUGUAGUUUUAAAUAUGCAGCACUUUCAAAUAAUCCUCUGAAAUAUGUCAUAUUCGACAGGACUAACAAAAACAAUUUGAAAGUACUGCUUUGCUAGGCAGGGUAAAGACUGACUUUGUUAGGCAGGGUAAUAAAGAAAGUGGCCAUGGCUCAUUUUGGGCUUUAUAUAUCAGUAGCUAGCUCAGGAGGCAGUCUGGUGGAUAUGGAUUGCUCUGGCUUCCUGUGCAGCCCGGUCAAAAGCGAUUGCGGUGCACCUUCGUUGGGCCUCUCCGUCCUCUGGCUAUGUAGUUGCUGAACCACAAUCCUUUGUGUUUAGGGCCUCCCACGACCCGAUCCGAGCGGGUCAUUGGCUUCCGCUUGAUUGGUCGCCCGUGGAUGGGGCAGCCAGGGCACAUGGCUCGUCCAGGUGCAGUGCGGACGCGGCAGGUCACGGCCAUGUUAGGAUCCCUUGUUACGCCUGCCCCGAAGAGCUCCUCUUCGGUUUUCUCGCAACCGUUGCGAAUUUUCAUCAUUUUUACGCCGGUAUGCCGAGUAUUUUCGUCAACGCUGCGAUUGUGGGAAUUGGUUCGAUGGUCUACCAUGGCCUGGACUACACGCAGUUCUGGACGGCGGGUUGGACAUUUAUGACCGAGUCAGUCGGAAACAAGCUGAUGGGCGGGGUUGCCGCGCGAUCAAUCAACCGUGGCGGUGCCGGCGCAGUGGCGUUCGUUGCAUUGACGUAUUUCUUCAAAUUUACUCUGGGCUUCGGUUCCAUUAUUGGCGCCGCGACGACUGCCGUCAUUGGCGCGGUGGUUCUCGCCGAGCUUCUGUGGGUUUUUGUGUCCGUGCCGCCCCCGUCGCAUUUCCUGGCCGCGCGACGCAUGGAAAGGCAAAAAAUGCGCGACCGUGCUUAUGUAUUUGCGGCGUUGCCGGUUGUUCGCCCAAGGGAGAGGUUGGGCCUCGCACUGACGUCCGCCGUAGAAAACUUGCACAGCCUGCCUCUUCGGCAGAUUAGCCGUCUUCAAGGUCAUGCAUCUGGAGAUACUCCCGACAACGAGUUACUAGCCAACGAACGCUGGACAAACGCUCCGUGGCUACGUGGGCCGAUAGGAACGUUUGCUGCGACGGAAUCCUACGGCGGCUGGAAGCACCACGCCGGCAAUCCACUUACUUGGACUUCUAAUCCCGCCACAAACGCCGGAGAAUUCCGAGGUAGCGAAAGCAGCAGGGGGGCCAGUAGUUUGGUGGUGUCUCGUUGUGUAGGGACUGGCUUCGGAAACAUAAACCCUAUCGAAGGAGCUAUCAAAACCUGUCGUAGCUUCGCAAGUUUUGUACCUGACCCGCCCAAGGGGACGAGGGGGGAGGCGACGCAGAUGGGAGAGGGGUUGACCUUGCCGGAAGAAGAAGAGGAGAGGAAACGCAAAGAACUGUCAUGCCCUUUGCCGGACUAUGAUCUGGCUCACAGCGAAAACAAUAAGUGGCAACGGCGGCUCGUCGAACGCUCGCCCAGCCACUCGAGCGCGUGGCCUGAUUUUUCGUACUUUCCGUUCUAUCAGGAACUCCCUGAUGCAGAUGGGCAAUAUGACCCCUCGAAGUACCAGUACAACGUUUCUCCAGAAACCUGGCAAGCGCGCUUCGAAGAGAGCCUGGCUUCCGGCUUGAAUCGUUUUGGGCGUGUCACGUAUUCGAUUGAAAAGGAGCUCAAUACGUUGCUUUACUCAGCGGUGGCGGAUUUUCCGAACGAGAUCCGCACUACAGAGGUCAGUAGCCGUGCGUGGGGGAGCAACGUAAAACCGCAUGCUAGCCGCGCCAGUGAUUUGGGAACGCCGCCGGGCGAAUGUAGCGAAAGCGGGGUGCAGCGAAAAACCGGAUUUGUUUGCGAAGUAGGGGUGCAGACGUCGGGCUUCUGGCAGCGCGGAUAUUGCAGUGAACAGGUGCCAGCAGACACGCCCGGCGCAAAGGUAUACGUCCCGGUGGACCUCAAGCACAGCGAGAUGGGCAAAUUUGCGCAAAGUCUAGUGCGCUUGUAUACGUGGAGCGGCUCUUCAUGGGAAGAAGCGAAGGCGGGGCGUUGUGUUCCUGCGGAAUUUCACCAAGCAGAGGUGACAGGCUCGAUGACGCUUGCCAGCGUUUUUUUUCGGGGUCCGUGGCGAUCCCAUGUAGUCUCAGGGGUGAAUCCCAUUGUCGCAGGGGAUGGAGACCGUGCCAACGCCUUCGAGGUCAAAGGUUCUGCAGCCGUUGCGCCACUACCACCCGAGGGGUCCACUCGCCCUGUGCCUUUAUCUGAUGCCCGCCCUGAGCGGCAUCGGACGAUAGAUGUGACGAUUACUUGUGAGCAGCUGCUGGUCUUUCAGAACUGGUAUGUCAACACCCACCUGGCUGAGAGAUAUGCCGCAAAAUCCUGGGACCCCGUUAUCGUUAAGCAAUUUCUGGCCCGGGGAACAUCUGCAUCCAGUGGGUGGAUGGAGCAUAUUUAUUUCUACAAGCCUCCACAGUUAUGCGCGUGUCAGCACAUCUGGGAGCCAGAACUUGAAGCCGUAGCUGCUCUGGUCGAGGAAAAAGACCCACGCCGGUCGUCCGCCGCGGAAAACGGUGUGGGAGCGCCGGCACAAUCACGCGACGUCGUGGCGGUACCUAGUGCUAAUCCGGUGUCAUUCUUUCAGACUCGCGUGGCAAAAAAGAAAAAGGAGAAAAGAAUUUUCGAGUGGCUGCUUUUUGGACUUGGGGUUGCGUAUGCGAAGAUAAACUACCCGGAACAAGGGGCGUCGGCGUCAGAAACCCAACAGCACAGGACAGAAACCGAAAAGCGACACGGACCAGGCGUUGUACGUCGGCCGACCCUGCUGGCGUAGCAGGUUGAAUGGAGGGCUGAGUGGGCGCGCCGCACAGGCGUUGACCCGUCGGCCCGCGGCAGCGCCCCGUUGGCUACACCUCUUCGGAGCUUAAUAAAUAAAGAAAGCUUGCGCAAAGGUGGGCCUGCAGAGGGCGAGGGGUAUCGUGCUGCCGCCGCGUUGUGUGUCUGGCUGCGCGCACGAAAAGCGCGCGCUCCUUCUGAUUCCCGCCAAGUCGGGCGCGGGGCCCCAGCCCCGGGCCUGUUCCCCCCCCUUUUCAUUUUGCUGAAUCAGCGAAAAAGGAAGUUCUAAUUCACAAACUAGGCCGCACGGGCCCGCGUUCUGGUUUUUGGGCUUCUAGCGUUCCUGCGAUCUCUUUUUCAGGCAAAUUAUUGCCCCCCGGAUGGUUGGUUUCGGCCGGCUGCCCGCCGGCCUAGCCUACCUUGCUAUUGCCCUCCCACCGCCUGCCGGGCCCGAGGAGACUGCCCUGCCCGCUCAUUCACAACCGAGGAGGCCUCUUCCGCCUUUCCCCAGCCACCCUUCCCUACUUUUCAUGUGGCGCUGGCUUUGUUUGUGCCUGCGCGGCAUGGUGUGUAUCUAUAUACCCUCACCUUCUGCGGCAUUAGCAUUAUUUUCUGGCAGCCCGAGGAUUUCGAGGAAUAUCCCCCGUUCGGGAACGAGGCGCGCAGACCUCGAAAACCGGACGAAGGAACCGCCACCACGCCGCAGGCCAUCCCGGGCCAUCAAUUCAGUGCGUUGGCAUUUGUCACACUUCCGCCGGCCGACGAGGCCUCGUUAGUGAUCACGAUUCAGUGAGUCUUCACCACACAAUAAAUCUCACUUCGAAGUCAAUGACUCCGGAGGAAAAUCCUAGAAAGGAGUGGAAUUUUUCAAAAAGCGAGAACUCAGUUAAUUCCCACUUGACUUGUCGUUCCGGAACGCGAAGCCAAUUGAGAGCUCACUGCGUUCUCAGUCGAGGAAAAAUUCAAAAUUGAAAACUCGUUGAGGUUGUUCUCACUCCAGGAAAAAUCUAAAGGUGAGAACUCAGCGACAGCGAAUUCGCGCUCCAGGAAAAAUUUCAGCUCCAGAAUUGAGAUUUUUCAAAAAGUGCGAUGAAAUUAGCGAAUUCCCAAUCGAUUUCUCGUUCCGGAACGAGAAAGAGAAUGAGAAUGCAUUGAAUUCCCACUCCAGGAAAAAUCUCACUCCGGAAGUGUAAGUGAGAUUUAGAUUUUUCAAAAAGUGAGACACCCUAUUUCUCGUUCGGGAACGAGGCCGCGUUCGCAACGAGGCCUUGGUCCCGAACGAGAGGUCGCCCGAUAAUUCACUGAAUUAUCACUCGAACCAGAGAAGAAUAAAAAUCUGACUCCUGAAUCACUCCGCAAGCGGGUUUUUUUCUGGAAUGAUAAUUCAGUGAGUUAGGGUUUUAUAUUUAUUAGUAUAUCAUUACGUGCAAAAGUAAAAGAAAGAUCGCAAGCCCUGGCCUUUUCUAGCACACGUGGUAGAUGAACUAUCGCAUCCGGUGGAGUAGAAAGGGAUGGACUAUAAAUAUCCGAGAGCGCUAGCGCGCAAAUUUUUUCUAUAGUCUCUUUAUUGCAGCGCACUAUUGCCCGCGCCACGGCCACACCGCCGAGAGCAACGCUCACUCUACCACCCUGCCUGCAAGGUGCCUGCAGUGUUGUUCUUAGCCCGCGCCCAAUUUUUUCGGGUCGCAGAACCGCCUGACUUUUUCUCUUCAAAAUGUUUUUACGAAAAUGCUUGAAGUUCUAGCAUUUUUUUGGGUGCUCAUUUCCCAAGGAGGUGCGUUUCCGACGCGAAGAGAGGGUCUUUGGUCUUUCCAAGUCAUGAUAAAAAGAGAAAAAGAGCCUCCACUCCGCGCCCGCUGGGCCGUUGCCACCACAGGGGGAGCUGUUUAUCCGUCUUUUGGGGGUUGCUUCCGAUAGAGUGGCUGCGGUCUGAAGGCGGGCGUGCUUGCGCCUUCGCCUUGCAGUAUUUGCCCAACCAGCCCGGGGCAAAAAGUGAUGAUGCCCUCGAGCUGAAGGGGGGAGCACACACAGCAGCUUGCCAACGGGGGACACUCCAAGAGCAUCACAUGAGGGGAACAAGAGACGGCUGCCUUCUUGUGGUGGUUGAUUGUGCGAGCUGCGUGCGCCUCCGCGUUUUUUUUUCCGACCCUCCCCGAAAAAUCCGCGCCCCGCGGCAGUUCGGUCGACUCACGGCGGCCGGUGUGUUGCCGGCGGGCGGGCGCACGCGCCGAACGAUUGGUGGCACGGCAGCCGCCCGCCAAGCAACGUCGCUCACCGUAUUUAUAUGAUGAAGUGGGCGGGAAAAACCAGAGGGAACGGCCACAGUCCGGAGUUCGGAGGGACGGGGGCGCGCGCGAAAUCGCCCUCCGCCUGGGGCCGGUGCCCUUGCUCCGGUAGUUUUUUUGGUUGUCUUGCAUAUGACUGGCGGACUUGUAUUGAAGGGUGCAGGCGCAGGCGCGGCGGUGGCAGCGGCUUCAGUGGCUGCAGUGGGGCUCCCUGGGUUUGUGGCUUUUGUAGCGGGCGCCGGAGCAGCUGGAACCGUUUCCGCUGGCGCUGGCGCGAUUGGUUUCGUCGUUGGCGCGUUACUGGCUGGCGGAGUAAUUGUUUUAACGCUGUCGACACUCCUUGCCGUGUCCAGUAUUCUGUUGAGAACUUUCACCGAUGUGGCCCGGGAUGAGUGUGUCGCCAGCAGAACAGCGCGGCGCGUGGCACCUCAGGCGGCAAAAUCAAAAAAAGAUGGGGAGGUGGCGUCAGCCGCGGCGACAAUGUUUGACCUGAAACCCGAACAGCGACGACAGGAAUUGUCACAACUCCUGGACAGUGUUCCUGAGAUUGGGAAGGAUCUUAGCAGGGCUGUACGCGGAACAAGGGCGAAGGAUCCGGACGAAGCGAAGAGAGAACACGCGCAGCACGAUGCUGUAUUGGUCUACUCCUAUCUGGAGGAGGUUUUAACCUUGUUGGGCCCCGUGCCCCUCCUUCCGUUCGGGAUGCGGGCGGCCGUUGAGGCCCUUUUUACGCGCGGAACGGAUGGGAAAAGUGAGUUCGUCGCUAGCUUCGACACAAGCGAAAACAAAGAAAGCGCAGUGCUCAAGUACGUAGAGAUCGGCGGCGACGUCGAGUGCAUUUACAUCGGGGCGGGCGCGCUCGAAGGGCCUCCAAAAUACAUGUUUACCAGAGGCGGAGCUGCAGAGCGCCGCACUGAUGUUGGAGUUACAAUGAGUUACGACGAGCUGGACUGUGUGUAUGCCAAGAUUGCCGUGGAGUUGAAAGAGAGCAAAUACUUGGCGAACGCUUUCAACAUUGCCAAGGGCGCCCCCAUUCAUCUCCAUGACACGACUUUCCGCCUUCCCGGGUUCCCACAGUCCAUCGUGCAAACCACUGGCAAAACGCGCUGGCCCACGUGUGCGGAGGCAACCGGCCUCCGCGCGUUCAACCUUUUCCAGAACAUAGGAAACUCCCUGCAUGUCGUCACCGGGAUGGGUGUAUGGGCCUCAAGGGUCGCGCUUCUCUGGGAAAAGCCGGAAAAGUUUUUAGAUUAUCUGCGUGCGGAACAAAAAUUGCCACCCCAGGUGCGGCAGGAUGAGUGCACAGCCAACCGGCUCGCGAAUGCGUUCCCGUAUGGCGACCCCGACGGGACAAUGUGUGAAGAACUAGACCAGGCGCAGUGCAGUUCUCCGGCAGAUGGUAAAAGUCAGGUCCAGCCGGCGGCGCCAAAUGGUAGCGCCAACCAAGAAAACGGCGAUGCCCCCCCUGGCGGCGAAAGCCAAAACGCAGACCCUCAGUAG